GGGAGUGGCUCCGAGCUUUUUCUUUUUUUUUCUUUUUAAAAAAAGAGAUGCUGUAACGUUUGAUCCUCAGAGGGUUUCUGCAGACAUGGAGCUUCCACCACUUCUGUUUCUGAGCUUCUGUUUCCUGACUUUGUCCGGACGGACGUUUGCUGCUGAAUCCGGACCACCUGACAGCAGAGUGAUUGUGAUGGAAGAUGAUGAUGUCAUUUUACCCUGCUCCCUCAGCACCAAUGAGAACAUAGAGAAAGCACUGUUUGUCUGGAAGAAGGAAGGAACAGUUCCUCUAAAGGUGGUGUUCAUGUUUGAUCCCAGCAUAUAUAGCAAAGGUCAAGAUGAUGAAUUCAAAGAUCGAGUCUCACAUUUUCCAGGAGAGCUGAAGUACGGCAACGCCUCCAUAAGAAUGAAUAAAACUCAGCUGGCGGACCAAGGAAACUACACCUGUAGUUUUCCAGUGACCCAGCCCAGUGUAAAAACAUCCCGCAUUGAGCUUGUUGUUGGUGCUGCUCGAAAGCCCUAUGUCACAAUACUUAAAGACAAAGGGCUUCUGCAGUGUGAAGUUCCAGGUGCUUUUCCUAAACCUACAGUGGAGUGGAAGGACAGUAAUGGGAAAACACUUCCUUCUAAGAUGGUGCAGGAUGAAGAAGAACAAGGUCGCUUUCACCUCACCAUCCAGACUACUGUGACUGAUCCUGGCUGCUAUCGCUGUAUAGCCACACAGAUGGAAAAAUGGCAUCAGAUUUCUUCAGAGAUUUGUGUGCAUGAUGGGCCACCUGUGAUUGUGAAAGAGGGUGACGAUGCCAUUUUACCCUGUUCAGUCUAUGAUAAAAGGAACAUUGAGUCAAUGCCUUUUAACUGGAAGAAAGUAGGACCAGCAGGUCAAAAAGUGAUUUUCCUAUAUGACCCUGGAAAUGAUGGCAGAACAAGUCAAGAUGAGCAGUUCAGAGGUCGAGUAUCACAUUUUUCAGACAAGCUGAAGAAUGGCAACGCCUCCAUAACUAUCAAAAAUACUAAGUCAACUGACAAUGGAAAGUACAUCUGUAGUUUUUCUGACAGAAAUCUUCCAGUUUUUCUUCAUGUUGAUGCUGCAUCUGGGAAUGUGAUGAUUAGAGCUACUUUUAUUUCAGUUACAUUUGGAAUCACUGGAAUUGUUGCAGUUUUAACAUUCCUGUGAAGCUUGAUCUCCAAAGUCACAGGAACAGUGUAGAGCAUCCAGUUAUCAUAAAAAAAUCAAAGACCACACAGACGACUCUCUCCACUUCUGAAAUUCUCUGCUGUGAUCUGAAGCUGUGCAAAGGAUGGAAGAAAACCUUCACGUCACAGAGCUUCACUCCACUUUUUCCAGGAUGUGAAGAUGUACACUGGAGUGUUAUUAAGAACCUUUUAUUUCCUGGACAGAUGUGAUGAAACUGUAAAAAAUCCUAAUUGGUCACAGAGCUGUUUGAUAUAAUUUGCCUUAUUUGUAAUUUUUUUUUUAAAUGUAAUGUGAGGGUAAAGAAGAUCAUAGAAUAAGUGAUGACAGUAAAACAUUAAAGUGACACCAAAGGAACCAAACUAUAAGAGACUGACCUGAGAGGUUUGUGUAUGACUGAGUGUGGAUGAAUAUUUGCAAGUAAACUGUUAGAACAUCAAACAUCUGGAGCUAAAAUGCAUUUAACAUUGAUUCAGCUGUAUUAAACACGAGCACUGAUAAAACAGAUGCUGAAAAAUGAUAAUACACUUUGUGUAUAAUGUGCCUUCUUUAGUGUGCAUGUGCCUUUGGUAUUAGUUUAGAUUUUUAAGGCAGUAAGCCAGUCUGGGGUGUGCUACUGAUGCUGGAAUUUGACUGAAAGUAUGUUUAUGCUGUUAACUGAUGAUUUUACAUUAUUAUGUCAUUUCAAAAAGUGCUUAAAUAUUUCUGUGAAAAUCUAAAUAAAAC